AUGGGUGACGAUGCUACAGCCAUCACCAGCCACAGCGCCACUGCCGCCGCCGGUAUCUGCGACAGUAACAAGAUCGCCGUCACCGCCAACGGCAUCAACGGCGCCGCAUCACCACCACAGCCGACCGGCGCGGCCAUCCUCCCGGUCCUCAUCGUCGGCGCCGGCCCCAGCGGCCUGCUCCUCGCGCAGUCGCUGCGCCGCCGCGGCGUGCCCGCGCGCGUCUUCGAGCGCGACGCCGACUUCACCACCCGCGGCGUCGGCUGGGGCCUGACGCUCAACUGGGCGCUGCCGGCGCUACGCGCACUGCUGCCCGAGGGCCUCGGCGAGCCCGACGUCCUGCGUCGCGCCGCGUGCGUCGACCGCGCGGCUGUCGAGGCCGGCGCCGUCUCCCGCUUCCCGUACUACGACCUGACUACGGCGGAGCGCAUCGCCGCCGCGCCGCCGGCCCCGGAGACGGCUCGGCUGAGGGUGACUCGGCAGCGUCUGCGGAGCCUGCUGGCGACCAAUCUCGACAUUGAGUGGAACAUGUCUUUUGCAUCGUCUGAGGACCAUGGAGAGUCCAUCACGGCACACUUCGCCAACGGCGCAUCCGUCGAGGGCAGUCUCCUCGUCGCCUGCGACGGCGCCAAGUCGCUCCUCCGGCGACAAAUUUUUGCCCAGCAGGACCAGGAGCACACCAACACGCUACCGAUCCGCAUGAUGGGCGUCAAGCUGACCUGCACGCCCGACGAGAUCUCGGAGCUUCUCAAGAUGGACCCGUUCUUCCUGCACGGCACCAGCUCACACGACAACUCGUUUGGCUACUUUAGCAUUCUCGACGCGCCGGGCAACACGGAGGAGAGCACGGGGAAUUACCUGCUGCAAAUCUGCAUCUCGUGGCUCGAGGCGGCGGGAAGCUUUCGGGGCCCGGAGGGGGAGCCGACGGCGAUCCCGGAGACGAACGCGGAGCGCGCGGCGCUCUUCAGGAGCAUCGCCGAGUCGUGGGCGGAGCCGUUCCGGUCUUUGGGAAUCAAGGUGCGCGACGACGACGAGGUCAAGGGACUGAAGCUUAUGGACUGGGUGCCGCCCAAAGACCUGCGCUCCAAGGGACGCGCAGUGUUGAUGGGCGACUCGCUUCAUGUGAUGACCAUGUUCCGAGGCGACGGUGCCAACCACGCGCUGGCCGACGCUGAGGACUUUGAUCGACACGUGGUGCCGCAGCUGCUCAACAAGCUCAACGGCACGACCAACAACACGGCAGAGCUGCGCGAGGCGCUGUCGCGGUACGAGGCGUCGGUGAUUUCCCGCGCGCGGCCGGGCAUCUUCGCCUCGCGACAGGCUGGCCACGACGCGCACGACUUUGCCGGGAUGAGCCUGAAGAGCCCCCUGCUGACGCCGCGCGUCAAGGACCUCGACUACGAGGAGCCCAGCUGA